UUUUUUUUUUUGUUAUGGUAGACUCUGAAGGUAUUGACUUGACCGAUAUCCAGAACUUACAAGACACAUGUGAAACUACAAACAAUUGGUCAAUUUUAACCAAUACUCUUUUGACUGUUUUUGGUGAUAUUGAUUCUCUUAGUUCAAGUUUCUUAUGGAAAACUCCUGAUUCUUUAACUCAAUGUCCAGUGGAUAAGUUACAAGCUCAAAAAGCCUUUAAAGUCAUCAAACUUAAUUGCCCUCCUUUCUUAUUUAAACGUGUAACAGAUCGUGUACGGAAAUUGAUUCAACAUUGCUCUCGAAAUAGAAAAGAACAACUUUCUACUAUUCAUCUCAAUGCUAUUGUCAUUCUAUUCCAAUGUCCUGUUUAUAUUGAUGUACUUUAUCCCAACAAUCUUUUGACAGAAUUAUGUGAACUCAUUGCUGCUAUUGGUAUUCCUUUACAAGAUAUCUUGUGUCGAUAUUUGAUAGAAUAUCAAUCACAAACAUCAUCUUCUAUAUCAAUUUUUAAAACUCUUUUAUCUAUAUUCCAUCAUAUGGUUCAAGUACGAUUAUUAUUAAGAAAUACUUCAACAUCUAAUCCAAGUACGCAUACUGAUCCAAUGGUGAUAGAAGCAACACAAUGUCUAGCUAUGUUAUAUCGCAUGAACGAAGAAUCACAUUAUGUUCCUUAUACUGAUUUUUACAAUGAAGCUGUUAAUGAACAUUUGGAAAUUAAAGAAGAUUUUCCCAAUUACAAAGAUCACAAAGGGUUCUCGUUUUGUGAUUAUCCCUUUAUUUUGAACCCAGUAGUCAAAGCUGAUAUUCUCAAGAUUGAAAGUGUUUAUCAAAUGCGACAUGAACUUCAAGAUGCCUUCUUCCGUGCUUUAUUUCAAGGUGUCAAUAGUCCUUAUUUGGUAUUGGAAAUACGAAGAGAUCAUAUCAUUGAAGAUACAUUACAACAGUUGGAAGAAAAAUCAAUUCAUGAUCUCAAAAAACAACUACGAAUACAAUUUGUUGGUGAAGAAGGUGUGGAUGAAGGUGGUGUACAAAAGGAAUUCUUCCAGUUAAUGGUUAGGGAACUCUUUGACUUGAAAUAUGGUAUGUUUACCUUUAAUGAUGAAAGCCGAUUGUGUUGGUUCAAUGCGAAUCUCUUACUUGGUGAUGAUACUUUGGAGUAUUCAAAAGAGCAAGAAGAUUUGACAACUGUUCGGGAAUACAAACUUUUGGGCUUACUGAUUGGAUUGGCUGUAUAUAAUAGUGUGAUUUUAGAUUUACAUUUCCCUUUAGCUCUAUAUAAGAAAUUGAUGAAUGUUCCUGUGGAUAUCUCGGAUUUGAAACAACUGGAUCCUAGUCUUGGUCAUGGAUUGGAACAAUUGUUAUGCUUGCCUCAGUCAUCAUCAGACGAAGACGAUGAAUUUGAUCAUUAUUUUCAAGUGGAUAUUGAAUCCUUUGGGCAUUUAAAGACUUAUGAUCUCAAACCUAAUGGUGGAUCUAUAUUGGUGACCAAAGAUGAUCGUGAAGAAUUCGUUGAUCUGUAUGUGGACUUUCUUUUGAACAAAUCAGUGGAAAAACAAUUUACUGCGUUUCAAACAGGCUUCAAUUUAAUUUGUCGUGAUUGUGCAAUCAAGAUCUUUCGGCCAGAAGAAGUUGAACAAUUGGUUUGUGGUAGUUCGGAUUUGGACUUUUAUGCCCUAGAGAAAUCUACUGUGUAUGAUGGUGGUUGGGAUGAAAACUCGACUAUCAUUAGAUACUUUUGGGAAAUUGUCCAUGGUUUUUCUUAUGAAGAGAAGAAGAAAUUGCUUUUUUUUGCUACCGGAUCAGAUAGGGCUCCAAUUGGUGGACUUGGCAAGUUGCAGUUUGUGAUUGCCAAAAAUGGUGGAGAUUCUGAUAGAUUACCGACAUCACAUACCUGUUACAAUGUAUUACUUUUAUGUGAAUAUGGAAGCAAGGAAAAGUUACGAGAACGACUUUUGACAAGCAUUAGCAAUUCGGAAGGAUUUGGAAUGAUAUGAUUUUGUGCAUAUACCCACUUUAUACCAUUUUAUUUAUAUUUUCAAUAAACGAACAA